UUUCAUCAUUUGAAUAAGACUUAUGCAUUGUAACAAGAAAUGUAAACGUGAAACAAAGGUCACGAAGUGCGCCAGCUGUUUCAUUAAUUCGCCAAACGUUUAAUAUUAAGAAAAUUUAUAAAGAGGGAGUAGAGCACAUGGCGGUCUAUCAAAACAACAAAGCCGAUUGGUGUGGUGACGUUCCACCCCGGUGAUAUGUACGUCGUACUACCUAAAUGCCUUAUGUACACCGCUAGUUACUACUUCAUGACUACUCCGAGCUCAGUGUGUACUGCAAUGCAACGGAAAAUAUGCGUGUUUACCAAAGUCGUUUCGGUAGAACGGUGUCGUGUGUUGCGUCACGUUUAAGGAAAUUGAUAGUGCGCCGAGGUCGACGUGACUAGCAUUAUCGUGUACUAUAUAUUGUAAUUUCUGAUAAAUUUCAUUUAUAUAGUUAUUAUUUCCAAGUUAUAGUGAGUUACACAUGAUGAAAGUUACAUUUCCCGUGUUCAAUAUUCCCCUUGGAUGCCCGACCGAUGUCCGACGCCACGACACGGCGCGCGUCCUACAUAACCUUGUUAUCGCAAUAUACAGUCGACAAGAUGGCGGCGAGUGGGGAGAGGGCGCCCAGUUGGCCAGGUGCUGCCGCCGCGUCGAGUUCGGCGCUAUAGCUAACUAAAUAGGUACGCAGAGUGUUGUACAUUUAGAACGUUCACAAUGGCUACCGCGAAAGACACGUCUACUUUCUUUCUGGAGGCAGAUUCAAAACAAUUUGACAGUGUUUUAAAGUUAUACCCACAAGCGAUCAAACUUAAAGCUGAACAGAAAACAAAGAAACCAGAGGAGCUCAUAAAAUUGGACAAUUGGUAUCAAAAUGAAUUGCCAAAGAAAAUCAAAUCUAGAGGGAAAGAUGCUCACAUGAUACAUGAAGAAUUGGUACAACUUAUGAAAUGGAAACAAGCCAGGGGAAGGUUUUAUCCACAACUGUCGUACCUAAUCAAAGUGAACACACCGAGAGCAGUAAUGCAGGAAACAAAGAAAGCAUUUAAGAAGUUGCCCAACAUUGAAUCCGCGAUGACAGCUCUCAGCAACCUGAAGGGUGUAGGUACUGCCACUGCGUCAGCUCUACUAGCAGCAGCCAGCCCUGAAAUAGCUCCCUUCAUGGCGGAUGAAUGCAUACAGGCAAUACCUGAGAUGGAAGGGAGCGAUUACACUGCCAAGGAAUACCUCAACUUUGUUAAACAUAUUAGAAACGUCUGUGAUAGAUUAAAUAAGGAACAAAACGGUUGCGGCAAGAAAUGGUCACCACACAUGGUGGAGCUGGCGCUAUGGACGCACAAUAUAGUGUCGGAUCUGCAGCCGCAGCUAUUGGGCAAGGAGCCUGCACUGCCCGCGCCUGCAAACGGCGGCUCGCCUCUGCCCAGCGAUGAGAGCAACCUUGAGCCUCCAGCCACCAACGGCAAUGGUAAACUUGUUGAGUCAGUGAACGAGGACACAACGACGUCGUGCACGGAGGACUCCAUGGACGCCAAGGCCGCCUCGCCCGGCACCCCCGCUACCCCCGCCACACCCGCCUCGCCCUCCGACAACUCCGACUCCGCCGUCAGCACGCCGCGUGCCAAACGGCAAAUAGAAGAAGCGAGUUCAGCGGAGGAGAACUCCUUGGGUGAGGCGCCGGCUCCGGAGGCGCCGCCGAUGGCCAAGAAGUUGCGGGAGGCUACGCACUGACACGCGUACCCCGCGCGCCCCCGCCCCGCACGCCCCGCACCACACACGUGCGAAUAUAAAUAGCUUUCUAGACUAAAACUUAUUGUACCUAGGUAAUUUAUUUUUCAAUUCCGUUUAAUUAUAAAAAAAAAUAGUGUUAAGUUGUAAGAGUACCGGUUUUUGUAAGUUUUAUAGGGUAUUUCGUAUGUGUUUGGACUGACUCGGCGAAUAUUUUUGGUGUGUACAAAAUGUGUACAGUGGUCGAUGGGCCGACGGGAUGAAUUUUAAUUAGCUGAUGUUCAGUGACAGAUUCAAAUUCAAUUUUUAUACGUCGUAUAUAAUUUUUUUAAUGAUGUAAUUGAAAGCAAUGAAUUAUAACGGAAUUAAUCAAACUAUAUUGAUGUCUGAAAUAUACUCAUGAUUUUUUUUCAAGACUUGAACGAGCCAAAAAUUUCAUACUUUAUCUAUAAGUAAUAUGAAAAAUGCAAUAUUUUGAAAUGUAUACUAUUACAAAAAUCUUUUAUCGAUAAUGACUUCAAUAUAAUUUGAUUAAUUUUAAUUGAAAUGAAUUCAAACCACCAUUUUAUUUUUAAACGUAGGCUAAUUAAUUAUAAAGAAUUCGAAUUUUAACAUCACUAACUACCUGAUAGAAUAUAAACUGUCAAGUCACAGCGGCUGAUUAAAAACCCGAAUCUAGUGUUAGGUUUCGUUUGUAGAUUUGUUUGAUUCACGAAACAUAUACAAAGAGGAGAUAAUUCAAUGUUUAAUAGUCAGUGGAAUCUUACGGUUAGAUGCAAAUUUUUAUGAACAUCACAAUGUAUUAUAACAAUAGACUGAUACAUAACAUCACAAUCAAUGUGAUAUCUGAAAAAUGUUUAUUUUUUAAACCAUUUUCUGUUAUUGUAUAGAAUAAACGACGACAACUUGACAAAUCUUGUACACUUGUGAUGUCCAGACCUUUACAGUGUUUAUUAACAGGCCUGUUUUCGGUAGAACAAGAAAGUAUAACUUGACAAACAAUUUAAAUAUUCAUAAUGUCAUAAAAAAUUUAAAUUUGUGAUAAUAAUAUUUUCGUGGAACAUAUUUACAAUGUCGCUGAAAACGGGUCUGUUGUUUUGUGACUCUAAUCUCCUCUAUGUAUAUGUUCCGUACUUAGGACGUUCGCAUCCCGAGUGACAUUCCAGUAAUUGUUAACUGACGUGGUCGGCGGGGCGGUCAGGGGAGUCGCGGGAAGGGGAGGGGACGUGCCUCGCCGCCUCGUAUCCGGACCAGAUGCCUUGGAGAUUCACUCACAUUGCCUUAUGACACAGUCUGCCCGCAGAGUUUAUAUGCAACAAGAUAAUACAAAGGUCGUGUUACCCGGGCGCCGGGCACACGGGCCCACAAUGUAGUUUUUAAUGAACAAAUAUAAGAUAUUAAUUUUAUAA